AUGUCCGCUGGUCGAAGGCACCAAGAUAGCCCGAUCGCUGCUGAAGCAACAAGUGAUCUGUCGGUCGACUCUCCCUUUACCACAAUAAACCCUUCCAUGUCAUCGGCCGUUCCAGCAUCGUCGAAUACGAAAGCACGCUCGAUCAACGAUAUAUCGAUUCAGUCUGUAAAGAUAGAUGAAUGCUUCGCACUCUUCUUCAAGCAUUAUCAUCCGAUCCUCCCGAUAUUCAACCCUUCACCGCGGCCCGACUCAUACUAUCGAUUAUCGCCCUUCAUUUUCUGGUGUAUUGUUAUCACGGGCUCAAGAAGAUAUGAUACAGAUCCCACGGUCUUGGAACGACUUAUCCCUGGUGUGAAUCGCCUGGCAUUGGAAGCACUAUUGCAUGUCAAAGGAUAUUUCCCUACCAUCUGUGGGCUUUUAGUACUCUGUGUUUGGCCUUUACCUAUGCAGACUGCAGCAGAAGACCCUUCACCCAUGUACUGUGGUGCGACUAUGCAACUCGCACUACAGCAUCGGUUGCAUCUUUUCACCCAGAAACAAACAUCUAUACAACCGACAAGCAUCAUGAGUAUCGUUCAAGACGCGAAUAUAGCACGAGUCUGGUCGUACUUGGAAUUUGUCUGCCACUGUACAAGCUGGACUAUUGGCUCACCACCGCAUCUACUUUCUGAUGCGUUCGACCUCGCGAGUUAUGACGGGAGUCUUGCUAGAACAGUACCGUCCAGUAUAUAUUGGAUGCAGAGAUUUGAGAAACUUUCCACUCGUUUAACAAUAACCUUGACGGAGCUCGUGUGUGCCACGAAUGACGGAGUCAAAUGUCAAUCGGACCUGGUGUUGAACGGGCUUAUCCAGGUGUUUGAUGAGCAGAUCCUUGAAAUGAGCCGGAAAGCUCUGAAGGAGAUGCAACCAGAGCGAACGAGUUCCGGGGACCGAGCAGCUUCUGCCGGCAGUAGAGCUCAGAUGUACCCGAACCCUCUCAUCGUUGGAAUGUCUCGAAUUCACCUCAACGCAUAUCAUUUCUUCGGAACAGACAUAUGUUUGCAUCUCUCCUACCUCAUCGAAUUGCAUCAACUUGCAUGUCAAUGGACUCAGCAAGCAUGCAAAAUGGAUAACGACAAUGACUGGGCUUUAUAUUCGUCGGAAUCCUACUUUCGACACAUGGUUCUUGUCGCAGUGGUGAUCCUACGAAUAUCUCACAGCCAGGAACUCAAGGUGAAAGUCGAUGUUGCCAAGGGCGAACUUGCUUACUUUACGAUUGUCAAAUUGUUAAAACGCCGGAGUUUACAAAUCGGGGAUGUGAAUGCGCAGACGGCAGCCAGUUUAUCAGCGCUUUGGAAUGAUGACUACUGCUUCCGACUCCCUGAUGGGACACAGAAUAGCCUCAACGUGAGAACACGUGGACAAGGAGUGAUGGAUAUCGUCUACGAUUGCAUACCACCAGCCGGGCGAAAAGUUAACCAGUUCCGACAGUAUCAAGUACAGGAACACGAACAUCAGGAUCUCCGAGAUGAGAUACCAUCUGCAAUGCAGAGUGUACCCUCCAGUGUUGUGGAUCAUAUCAUACCUGAGGUCCCUGUGCCUUAUAUCGCAGAGGACUACUUUCCCCCUCUGGAGGGCGACAUCUCAGCCUUCAAUUUUCUACAAAGCAGCUUUUCCUGGCCUCAAGAUAAUUCAUUUUGGGCUUGA